UUUUAUUUUUGGUUCUCCUCUCUUAAAGAGAAACCAAAGAGAUUGAGUGGAGAUUAGGCAAAAAUCAUCAUCGAGAUCCCCAAAUUCGGAAAAAGCUUAGAACAUUGAUAUUAGGGUUUCGUCUCUUCUUCGAUCAUAGGCACGAUUGAUCGGUUGUACUAGAUUAAUCUCCGUUCUCGUCGUAGGCGGCGCCUGAUCGGAUCCGAUUGUGUUUGUUCAGGCGAAACAUGGUGGUGAUAUCCCUGAAGAUAUUCAAUUCAGCUUUUCUCCGAUCGCUUCCGCUUGACUUGAUCAGGAUCUCGAUUUCGUGCAGACUUUCAUCUUGGCUUUGUCUUCGAAUCCAUUAGGGCUUUUCGUUGUGUGUUUUGAAUCAGAUUGUUUGGAUCUUUUGAUUGGGAGAUAUGUAUAUCGAAGAAGUGAUGGAGAAGGAGGAGAGAUCGGUUGAGGAGGAGGUUAGUGGAGAUAAGAAGAUAGUGGUGAGCAGAGGAAACGUGACAAAGAUGGCACUUGUUGGCGUGGGCGCUCGUGCCUUGUUCUACCCGACGCUUGUGUACAACGUUGUGAGGAAUAAGGUUGAAGCUGAGUUUCAUUGGUGGGAUAGGGUUGCUCAGUUUAUAUUAUUGGGAGCUGUUCCGUUUCAGUCUGAUGUUCCACGGCUGAAGGAGCUUGGUGUUUGCGGAGUCAUCACUCUCAAUGAGCCGUAUGAGACUUUGGUUCCGUCCUCUCUCUACAAAUCUUACUCCAUUGACCACCUGGUCAUUGCCACGAGAGACUAUUGUUUCGCACCUUCCAUGGAAGCAAUAUGCCAAGCUGUAGAUUUUAUCCAUCGGAAUGCUUCCCUUGGGAAGACGACUUAUGUUCAUUGCAAGGCAGGUCGAGGCCGCAGCACAACUGUCGUCAUAUGCUACUUGGUGCAACACAAGCUCAUGACACCUGAAGCAGCAUAUGAAUAUGUAAAGUCGAUCAGGCCCAGGGUUAAAUUAGCUGCCACCCAAUGGAAGGCCGUUCUUGAGUACUACCAACUCAUGGUGCUGAAUACUCAGAGUUCCUUACCUGAUGCAACUUCAGCUCUGAUCCCAAGAAAUAUGAAGCAAGUUUGUUCCGGGAAUGUGGUUGUGUUUGAUGAUGGGUCGAUGGUGCUAGUGACCCACUCUGAUGUAGAGGGCUACGACGAGAGGUCAAUGAAUAUUGCUGGGAACGAGCUAUGGGCUGCAGCUGCAGAUCUGAGCAUGGUGUACCGGGUGAAAGUGGUGGGGCAAGCUGCGUUGGCGAGGAUCUCGUGCCUGUGGCUGGGCUUGCGUGAGGACCACAAGCUUUCUGGGAAGAAUCUUUCCAUGAGAGGUAUAAGCGUCGACAUUUCUGUCUACUGAUGAAUAAUGAUGAAGGUGGAUGAGUCUGCUGGCGAGCUGAGUGAAUAUACCUUUUUCACUGUUUAUCUCCCCAAGGGAAAAAAAGUCUAUAAAUAAAAAGGGGUCAAAGUAGAUAUAAAAGACUUGGUUCUACUGUCUGGGUAUUGUAAUUAAAUACUAAACAUGAAUUAAUCUCCUUUUCAAGUA